UCGUUCCCUUUUGUUUUGCUUAAAUCCGAUGAUGUCUGCAUAGCCUUUACUUUUUGUAUUUCUUUUCCUUUACAGUUUCACCGAUUAUAUACCAAAAUAUGGACUCUCUGUUAACACACUGUCUUGCGGAAAUCGCAUGUACAUCCACGCACUAUGAACAGUUAUUAGAUAUAAUCACUCACGAAUUCGAGUCCAUCCUUCAAAAUGCAUGUAUUCAAUCAAAGGGCUCCAACAGAAAGAUGAAUCAGUAUGCCCAUCGAUUUUCCACCAUUGUCAAACAGGCUAGAAAAUUCAUUCACGAAAGUUUCCCGUCACCACCGUUGUCGUGCAAGGAUGAUCCUUAUCCGGACACAUACCAAUGGGAUCUCCCAUCAUAUUCAGGGGAUGUGCCGGAUCUGCGCUGGUUCAUUGAUCAUGUAGCAAAAUCCUCCCUUCUCGAUAUUGGCACGCUGCUUAGUACGGUCAUUUACGCUCGUCGCUUAAAGCAUAUUUUAUCGGAACCCUACAAAACGAUGCCGUCAACGAAUCAACGGCUUUUCCUGGCCAUUCUCAUUGUGUUAUCAAAAUAUAUUCACGACAUUCCACUAAAAAAUGCGCUCUGGAUGGUUCACGCCGAAAUAUUUUCUAUACAAGAAAUCAAUGCCAUGGAAUGGCAGCUGCUCGAACUUCUUGGUUUUAACCUUACCAUUUCUGUGGCCGAAUUUGACAGCGUGCUCUCUAUCUAUCGUUCUGCAUGCCCGCUCGAUUUUUACACUUUUCCAUCUCUUCGAACGAAUUCCGAUGCUUUUUCCUGGAAACCGAGUUCGUCUACAAGCUCCUCCACGGGUUCGUCGUCGGCUGACCGUAGUGGACAAGCACCUUCGUUGACGUCGCCAACACUGGGGUCCUCUAUUUGGUCGGAAUCCAGUGCUGAGGACGCUCACUACCUUAUUUCAUCGUCGCCUCCUUAUGGGGAAACCGCCUCUUCAAAAAAGAAUGUUUCUCGCGACGAUCAGACGUAUUCAUCGGCAGCCGAUCAUCGUCAUGUGACCUUUCCACAACCUUUGAAUACGCGGGAAGAACCCUACUACGACGUUCCUCACUGGAGUGUCAUUUUGCCGGAAUUGUUUCUUCCGCCUUCACCGCUCCUUUAAUGUAGUAAAACCAUCACUCACGUUAUCUACCGUUUGUCGAAAAGAUUGCGUUUUCUAAACACAAGUGUGCGACGAGACCAACCGAUGUUAUGACGCCAAUCCAUCGUGGUAUUACGUCAAAGCCAUGUCACUGACAUCGGUGUUUUCCCAAGGAAAAGUUAUGGCACUGCACUGCCGAUUUCCGUCUUACAUACCGUCAUCGAUCUCGUUCUUAUUGCUAUUGCAGAUUGCAAGAUGGAACAGUGAAUAGAAAUUUCAACGCA